AUGUGCCCAGAGAACUGGAAAGAACACAAGCUUUACUGCUAUGAUGUGUCCCAAUACGAAGCUCGGGAGGCAGACGCUGAAAGACAUUGUGAGGACAGUAAAGCCAAACUCCUAGCCAUCAACAGUCAGGACGAAAAUGAUUGGAUCAAUGCCACAUUGCUGAUAGAUCAAGGCACAAGCUACUGGACUGGCCUGAUACGCAAGGACAUAAUGGAGAAUGGUGUAAUCAACCAGACAUUUGCAUGGACUGACGGAUCUCUCCCCGAUGAUCCGGAGGAGUUCAUUACAUGGGCACCAAAUGAGCCUAACAAGGGUCAAGAUGAGUCAUGUGGUGAGAUAACUGGCCAGGGAACAUUCAAUGACAAUGACUGUAGUAAAAAAAUCAAGUUCAUUUGUAAAAAGGCCAAAGGCUGUUUCACGCAAACUGGAGAAGAGGGAUGUUCCAAGUGUCACUGUCGUGACAACAAAGUCUGCGAUCCUCAUUAUGGAAACUGUUCUAAUGGUUGUGAUGCCCAACAUCUUGGAUUCAACUGUAGUACAGUACUGCAAAUUGGCAAGCCUAAAGUCUUAAACCAAACAGAUGUCAGUGCAGUUUUGCGAUGGCCAGUGUGGAGAGGUACAACCAUCAACUCAGCAGGGCUAGCCAAUAUUAGAUACCAGUACAGCGUCACGAGUGUCAAUGGUGCUAACCCAAAAUUUAACACUGCAAAACAGCCAGAUAAGAAGGAUAAGACAAUAAUGAAGAGGACGAUUAAAGGUCUAAGUCCUGCAACAAACUACACGCUCUGCGUAAAAGUGUUUCACGAUAACUUGAAAGUCAAUUGCAGUGAGCAGGAGUUGGUGCACUUUAGAACACUUUGCCAAGCCCCACCACCACCAGUGGACUUACAAGUAGCAGUCCUGAACCGUGACAGUUCUACUGAGCUUGGGUUUGUUAAGGUCAAGCUAUCAUGGCAGGUGUCUGAGACACCAAAAGAUUCCUGCCCUCAGGUUGAUAUCUUCAGACUAUUCUCAAGGGAAGCAACGCCGACAUCAGACUGGAGAUAUCACAGCCACGUCAAUUCUUCACUGCACCAAGGAGAAUUGACCCUCAGGAUAAAUGGAUCUUAUGACUUUAUGGCACAAGCUGUGGACACAGAUGAAAACCUCGCAAAUUCGAAUGCUACGUCUGACCACUACAUUGAACCUAAAGAAUGUUUCCUCCGUCACACCGAUAUGGAAACAACAGGGAAGAACUGCACAUUGUGUCGAUGUCUCAAUGAUGGAGCAUGUAACAAGUACUAUGGGAACUGCAGUGAGGGCUGCCAGAAGGAUUAUAUUGGCUUUAACUGCAGCACGGUAUUGAGAUAUCCAGCAAAAGCGAUAAUCAUAAGUCAUGUCUCCGACACAUCGGUGACCAUCAGAUGGAAAAGGUGGACCGAAAACCUGAACUCCGACAAUGGCCCAGCAGAAAUAAGUUACGGAAUCAAGAUAAAGGGAAGCGACACUCUCUUCAAAAUGGAGGAUAAGAUUCUUCCGCCGACAGCCAAUGAUGACCUUGAACACAUCGUGGAGGGGCUGGAGUCAAAUUCGAAUUAUUCAGCCUGCAUUAAUCUUUUUCGAGAUCGCAUGGAGGGUUGGCGAUGCAGACCUUCUGAGAAGUUUAGGACUGUCUGUCAUGCUCCACCGAGGCCACUGAACAUGUCAGUCAUUGUGCCGAUCCCAGAAGUCGGAAGUUCAAUAGUGAAUCUGACUAUAAAAUAUCAGGCAGAGGGCCCUGGAGUUUGCGAUACCGUCACCCGCUACGUGGUUCGUUACCACAAAAUAAACGCUCAUGACCAAGAAGAGGGAAGAAAUAGCGUAGGGUCGGACAUUUGGCAUAAGCUCACCUUGGAAGCCCAUCACAAUUACGCAAUCAAACUAGAGGUAUUCAACAAGGAUAAUAUGAGCUCUCUUAGCCCCACCUAUUGGAUAUAUUCUCAAGGCUUAAACCAAUCAUCGGACUUUAGAGAGAUUUCCCACAGUAGCACAACUGCCAAACUAAACUGGCUGCCAAGGAGGACUAUGUGGGCCAGGGAGCAUUAUUUGGUCUCCUGUCACCCAGUGGAGCCCAGUGGACUUAUUGCCACGAAAGAGGUCCACCCAGAGUUAAAACCGGAGUAUCCCUUCCUCUUUCAAAUUAAGGAUCUUGUGCCGGAAACCGCAUACAAGUGUAACAUCAAUGAUGAUGGGAAAAGUGACCAGAUCACAUUCCGAACUGAGGCAGCGAAAGGUUUGAUCAAAGCACCGAUGCUGACUAUCAUCAUUGGGGCGGGUGCCUCUGCUGCUCUCCUAUUGAUCAUCAUUCUGGUGAUCCUAGUGGUCAGAUGCAGAAAGAAGAGACAGAAGAGCGGCGUGCCCCAAUAUGAAGUGUGCAUACAUGACAUGGAUCUGGCAACAUUUUGGCAGGAGAGAGCAUCUUUUGCUGGAAGUUUAGCCUCCCUUGACACAAUUGACGAACCUAUUUAUAUCAACAAUGAUGCUGUACGACUCAGGCCAGAAAGUGAGCAACUGAUGAUCUCGGAGGUGAUUGAGUACAUCAGGAAGCGGGUACAGGAAAAGAGCUUUAAAGCCGAGUUUCAGAGCUUCCGGUAUGAUCUGCAACACGAACAUGAGGUCGCAAGUCAACCGCAGAAUAGCCUGAAGAACAGAUUCAAGAAUGUUUGUGCAUAUGACCAUAGUCGAGUGAUUCUGAGUAACAUUUCACCUGGAGUUACAGACUAUAUCAAUGCUUCAUACAUCAAGAGUUAUGACAAGUCAUUGGCAUACAUAGCAAGUCAAGGGCCAGUGCCAGCUAGUGUAGCAGACAUGUGGGAGAUGAUUUGGCAGGAAAAGGUGGCAAAAGUGGUAAUGUUGACCGGCUUCUGGGAGAGCUCAAAGGAAAAGUGCAGCAGAUAUUUCGAACCCGAAGGAACUCAUUUGUACCGUGAUAUCAGUGUGCGAGUGCUAGAAACCAUCAAAGAACAAGGGUUCGAGAUCAAGACUAUGCAAGUCAUUAAGGGUAAAAUUCGCCGGCACAUUCACCAUUUUCAUUUCACUGCCUGGCCAGAUCAUGGUGUGCCCUGUCACCCAGCAGCCAUACUACAUCUCAGAGAAGCUGUCAACAGGACAAAAUCAGAAGAGGGCCUGGACGGACCAAUCGUUGUACACUGCAGUGCUGGUGUUGGGAGAACGGGGACCUACAUCGCCAUUGACUACCUCAUCACACAGGCAGAGGCAACCGGCGAGCUCAACUUCAUCGAAUGUACGAGAAAUCUCAGAGAUGCAAGGGUUAAGAUGAUACAGAAUCUGAAUCAAUAUAUCUUUGUACACUUCGCAGUGCUUGAACACCUGCUUCUGGGCGACACCAGCAUCCUCACGCCGGACUACUCACAAACCUUAGACAGCCUCGUCACCAGGCGACAAGAGAUGGGAGCAACUCAACUAGAACUCCAAUUUGAGGUGUUACAACUUUCAAUAAGAGAAGACUUCCUCAAAAGCAUAGAAAACCUAGCAGACGAUCAUCUCCACCCUGUGUUUAUUCCAAGCACCAAGUCCAAAUUGACGUUCAUAGCAAUACAGUCGCCAUCGGAGGAGACCAGGGAGGAGUUUCUCGACCUGAUUAGACAGUAUGCCGUGAAAGUGAUCGUGACAUUAGAGUACAAAGAGAAUAGUGAAAACUACUGGAGUGACGACUGUCUGAAAAUGAUCUCCACGGACAAUUUGGAGGACUGUAGGAUUAGAGAGUUCGACUUCUGGGAAAGAGGUAAAGCAAGGAAAAUACAUCAGGUCUACUUCAAGGCUUGGGGCAUAGAAAAUGGACUCCCUGCUGUACCGGUACUUACAUCAUUCCUUGAGACAGUUCAGAGUCAGAUCGGAGAUCACGAGGUUGCCAAUGUCAUUGUCCACUGCAAAAAUGGUACAACCAGAUGUGGCCUGUUCUGUGCAGCAUAUGUAAUCUAUAAGAGAAUACAGAAAGUUCCUGGAGAGGUCAAUAUCUACCAAGCUAUACGCUCCAUUAAGUAUUCCCAACCGGCCUUCAUCGAGAAUCUGGAGCAAUACAUCCAUCUGCAUGAACUGGUCAAGGAAUGUCUGGCGAAGUUCUCAAUUUAUUCAAAUUUUCAAAAGGUUGCCUAACUGUGCAACAAUACCUUACAAGAUUAGGCGUGGAUCUAGGAGUCUGAGAAAGGUGCUCAUUAUGUCUGAAAAUGGUUUCUAUGUCAAUUUCCAAAAAAUCACAGUCAAUUUCAGCGAAUUUUCUCCAAUGAGAGGGGAGCAUGUACCCAGUGUGCUCCUUCCGAAUCUGCCCAGCAAGACACCUUGAUAAAAUACAUGCAGCAAAUCCAAAACAGCAUUCAAGAAGAAAUUGUGAUAAUGUCAAACUUAAUAUUUAUUGAAUAUAGGUUUACAAAAUUAUUUAUUCAUGUUACAUGUACAUGUAUAUAUCCAUGAUAUUUAUUCAAAAUGUGUGCCAUA